UUACAAAUCCGAGUUCACUGAUUCGCGAGAUUGCUACUCUCGCGAGACACAGUAGGGUAGCUCAUGGUGUUAACAUGGCUGCCGCCUGAAACUUCCAUGUGGUAUUUAUUUGAUCACAAAAACUUAAUUGGGUUAUCAUAAAUAUUCGGUAACCUAGUUAAUUCUAUUGUAUCAUUUUAGACCUGGAAUUUAAGUGUUUAGUGACGACCGUCCAAAGAAGCUGCCAGAAUGCAACACGACGACGCUAUAUGGGACCUUAUUGGCAAUGAUAAUUUUUGUUCCUACAAAGUAAAAACGAAAACUCAGCAGUUCUGUCGAAAUGAAUACAACGUCACAGGCCUUUGCGAUCGCAGUUCAUGUCCUCUCGCCAACAGCCAGUAUGCUACUGUAAGAGAAGAGAAAGGCCUGUGUUAUCUCUACGUGAAAGUUAUUGAGAGAGCAGCAUUCCCUGCUCACAUGUGGGAGAAGGUGAAACUUGAUAGAAACUAUGCAAAGGCUUUGGAGCAGAUCGAUGAGAACCUCAUCUACUGGCCGAGGUUCAUCCAACACAAGUGCAAACAGCGCUUGACGAAGAUCACACAGUAUCUCAUUCGAAUCCGCAAACUCACACUCAAACGACAGAGAAAGUUGGUUCCACUCAGUAGAAAAGUAGAGAGACGAGAAAAGAGGAGAGAGGAAAAAGCUCUUAUUGCUGCUCAGCUGGAAAAUGCCAUAGAAAAAGAACUGCUAGACCGUCUAAAACAAGGAACAUAUGGAGACAUAUACAACUUCCCCAUCCAUGCCUUUGAUAAAGCUAUGGAAAAACAGGAAGAGGAGACUGAAUCAGAGGAAGAGGAAGACGAAGAAGAGGAAUCUGGGACUAGAGAAUUUGUUGCUGAGGAUGAGUUUGAAGAGAGUGAUCUCAGUGAUUUUGAGGAUAUGAACAACCUGAAGGGCAGCAGUGAUGAAGAAGAGGAUGAUGAAGAGGAAUCCGGUGAGGAAGAGGAGUCUGAAGAAGAGUUAGAGGAAGAAAAGACCAAGGCCAAAUCGAAAGGAAAGGCUCCACUCAAAGGCCCAAUCAGGAAAAAACGGGCCUAUGUGGAGAUAGAAUAUGAACAAGAGACAGAACCAGCUCAGAAAAGUAAAGCCAUAUAGAGACUGAACUGCUGAUCACACCAGAGUAACUCUGCUGUGUGUGGAACAUUUCCAAAUUAUGAAUGCUGAUCUUUGAUAUAACACCUCUAUUCAAUAACAGUGUACACUGGUGUGUGUGUGUCUGUACACGCCUGUCCAAAUCUCUAAUGUGGGAUUGUUUGUACAUUGAUCUGUCUCAUCUGUACUUAUGCUGUUGCAAGCAUAAGUGUUUUUUUUAAAUGUUCCAUUAUGUACUUUUGGGUCAACUUUGACCCAUGUUCAUAUAAUAAACUUUAUUUGAAAUGGCA